AUGACGUCACGGCUGCCGCCGGCGGUGACGUCACCGCGAUGCUGGCGCUCUGGGGGGUCCUGGCGGCGCUGGGGGCGCUGGGGGAGGGGCGGGGUGGGGGAGGGGCCGCGACCCCCGCGCGGGAAAACGGCAGCGAGUGGGGGAGGGGCGGCGCGGCCCCGCCCCCCGCUGGGAGCCCUGCAGGACCGGAAGCGCCGAAGGAUCCGGAGGGAGGCGGCGCGGAGGUUUUUUCGGGCGUCGCCCCCGGAACCCCAAAAUCCCUACGGGAACCUCCCGGGCCCCUUCCCCCCCGCGGCCCCGCCCCGCCCCCCGCAGGAUGAGGAGGGGGAGGGGCACGAAGGAUACGAGGAGCCCGACACCGGGAGCUACGAGAACGCCCCGGCCGCGAUGGGGGGAGGGGCAGGGGGUCCCUACGAGGCGAUGGCGGCGGCGGGGGAGGGGCUGAGGGAGCCCCCCUGGAGGGGGAGGGGCGGCGACGACGACUCCGCCUCCUACGAGAACAUGGAGGCGCCGCUCGGAUGAGCCCCGCCCCCACCCCGCUGUGGCCCCUCCCCCAUCUCACUGUGGCCCCGCCCCCCACCCCAGUCCGCCCCUCCCCCACUCACAGAAAUCACGAAAUAAAAAAGAAUUUUGGGUUU